GGGAAAUUUAAGUAUAUUUAACAAUAAUACUAUAACCACUACUACUACUACUACUACUAAUAAUAAUAGUGGUCAUCAUAUAGAACAUCACUAUAAAAAAAUAAAAAUUACUGACAUUAUGUACAUAGUUCCUCAUUGCAAAAUGUGAAAUCCAAAUUUCAGUAUAAUGUAGUUGAGGCUUUUGUUCAUAAAGGGAAAAGUAAAAUUCCCAUUGUCACUUUGUUCCAUUUUUUAAAAUCAGACAGCAUAAAACAGAGUUCAAUUAAAAAAGUGUCCUCUUAUGAAAAAUCAACAUUAAUUUGUUAAAAUUACAAAGAAUUAUUACACACUAAGCAGAAAGUUACUCUUAUCUCUAAAAGGGCAGUUGGAUAAAGAUGGUAGGGUUGAGCGCAAAGAUUACAACCGGGAAGUAGGCCUACAAUAAUCUCUAAGGAUAUGGGAAUACCCGAGAUUCUUCGUUUACGUCAUGCGAAUCACGAGCACUCGAAUCAGCGACACAAUUGGAGACAUUUACAAAAUCUUUCUGAACAAUUUUAAAAUCGUUAUUUGGCAUAAAAGUACUGUGCACGUGAAUAGUAGAGUCUCUGGUCAUGCAUGCGCCGCGUGACAAGUAUACACCUUACAAAGUGCCGGCUGGUGCGGGCAGUGGGAUUUGGAGAUGCUGGGGCGUGGCGGGUGCUGAGGGGAAAGGGUAUGGAGGAGUGAACGGGAGGUGGGCGGGGCUGGGAAGUCGAGGGGUGACCUCGGCCGUUGUCUCCCACUAGCCGGCUCCGCCAAAUCAAACGCGCUUGCGCAGUAUUCACCGGUUUCUCGUUCGACACUAUACGCCACGCGAAGGAGAAUUCGGACAGAAUAAUUUGGUCGACCGGGAAGAGCGGAACUCUGCGGUUAUUUAGUUCGUCGGCCCCUUCCCCAUUCCCCCCACUGCUGGCUCGCUCGUAGAGGACGUCCGCAAGCGGCGAGUGUGAAACAUGGCAGCACCGAGGAGAGUUGUAUCUAGCGGCGUUUUGCGAACUGGGCAAAAUGUUCUUUCUAUGGCAGUUAGGUCGAGCUCAUGGUGGUCAAACGUGGAAAUGGGACCACCAGAUGCUAUCCUCGGCGUCACUGAAGCUUACAAGAAGGACACAAAUACAAAGAAAAUAAAUUUGGGGGUUGGUGCCUACAGAGACGACAACGGCAAGCCCUUCGUUUUGCCAAGUGUUUUAGAGGCAGAAGAAAGGUUGAGACAGAAGAACCUUGAUCAUGAAUACGCUCCUAUUGCUGGAACAGCAGAAUUUUGUAAAUUGUCCAUCAAUUUAGCCUUGGGUGAUGGUAAUGAGCAAGUGAAGAAUGGCUUGAAUGCUACUCUUCAAGGAAUAUCUGGUACUGGAUCAUUGAGAAUUGGUGCAGCGUUUUUGGAGAAGUUUUUUCCAGGAAAUAAAGAAGUAUAUUUACCAACCCCAUCAUGGGGUAAUCAUACUCCCAUUUUUAAGCACUCAGGUUUAAAUGUCAAACAGUACAGAUAUUAUGAUCCUAAAACCUGUGGCUUUGACUUUCAAGGAGCUCUGCAAGAUAUAGCUAAAAUCCCAGACAAAUCAAUCAUUCUUUUCCAUGCAUGUGCUCACAAUCCAACUGGAGUAGAUCCUAAACCAGAACAAUGGAAAGAAAUUUCUGCAGUUGUCAAGAAGAAGAAUCUUUUCCCAUUUUUUGACAUGGCUUAUCAAGGAUUUGCUUCUGGUGAUGUUACAAGAGAUGCCUUUGCUGUCAGAGAAUUUGUAAAAGACGGUCAUCAGAUUGUUUUGACACAAUCGUAUGCCAAAAAUAUGGGAUUAUAUGGUGAACGUGCGGGAGCUUUUACACUUAUUGCAGGAAGUAAAGAUGAAGCAGAUAGAGCUUUGUCUCAAUUGAAAAUUCUGGUUCGGCCCAUGUAUUCUAAUCCUCCUAUUCAUGGAGCUCGAAUUGUGACUGAAAUUCUGUCAGAUCCCGCUUUACGUCAAAAAUGGCUAAACAUUACUCGUGAAGUAGAUAGAUGUAUAAUGGACACAAUAUUUUCAGAGUUGAAGGAUGUUAAACUUAUGGCUGAUAGAAUAAUUUCAGUCCGAUCUCAAUUAAGAGAGAACUUAAAGAAAGAAGGCUCAACUCGUGAUUGGUCUCACAUAACAGAUCAAAUUGGAAUGUUCUGUUUCACAGGAAUGACUCCACAACAGUCUGAAAGAAUCACAAAGGAAUUCAGUGUGUAUCUAACUAAAGAUGGACGAAUUUCAAUGGCAGGAGUUACAUCAAAGAAUGUUGAAUACCUUGCACAUGCCAUUCAUCAAGUGACCAAAUAACUGAUCAAAACGGUUAAUUUCUUUAAAUUUGCAUUUCAGUUGUGUAUACAAUUAUGUACAAAAUAAAUAAAUUGUGGCAAUUCUGUUUUUUAUUAACCUACUGAAAUCUUUGCUAGUUUGCCAUUCUUAUCCACAAUGAAUGAAUUUCUGCAUCCAAAGUACUACAACUUGUAUUUACUCAAAAAACAAUUUAUAAAAGGACUUUUGUAUUUUUCGUUGUUCUACUUCUUUCUUAGAAAUAUGCUGUAUUUUGUAAGCUACUGGCAAUAAUGGAAAUAGCAUGUCAAUUUUGUACACCUCAUCCUCUAAGAGAAAGUAAGAAUAGUUGAAAUAUUGUUAUGAACUGUGGUAAGAGUGAUAUAAAGAAAGUAGCCAUGUAAUAUUGAUAUAAGUUUUAAGUUUCGUAAAAUGUUACAUGCCAGAGUUUUAUCCAGCCACCUCCUUGGGGCAGGGCAUCUCUCCCCAAUUUUCUAACUACCACUUCCCCAGAAAAGUGUAAGAACCCACACCCCGUGAGGCGAGGUCAAUCAUGAGGUGCGGUAAAAAGAAAAUCAAACCAAGAAAUGGGAGUGCAAAGAAGUGUUGAAACUACAAGCAAUAGUACAUAUACUAUAGAUCUGCAGUCUUUUAUGCAAGGCUAUACAAAUAAAUUUGAAAUCUAAAAGAAGUUGAGAAAACUGUUUGAAAACAUGAACACUGAGAAAAGAUAACAAUUUGUGUCAUGUUAUGCAUAAAACAUAUAACAUGGCAAGUUCAAUACUGAAUGAUACAAAAUGAAAUGUUCAUGAGAAGGGGCAAAGAUAGUGGUUUAGGAUAAGCAAAAUUUGAUAAACAUAUUACGUAUUACGUGAAUGGCUCUUUCCCAAGAAUGAUAUUGUAUAUCCAAAAAUUGAAAAAUCUUGCAUGAACACACUUGUUUUUGUGCAAUAUAAAUUAUCAUAACCUGCAAUGUAGUAGGCCUACGGCUAUUAAAUAUUAAAGGAGAUCCUGCUGGGAGAAAAGAAAUAACAGGACAUUCUACAGCUGUUGUUUUAGUAGGCCUAAUUAUUUACCGGACAAUAUAAAAUGCUUAGUUAAUACAAAAGUUCAAAUUUCAUAAAGUUUUUCUUCUGAAUAACAAUUUAUUUGACUUACAACCAUUCUGUGUAUAACAGAAAUCUGGUUAUUUUAUUUCAAGAGUUUGAUUACAAAUUAUCACUGUGUAUACCACCUCUUAUCGCCCAUGAAUGCUACAAAUGAAUGAGACACACAGGGGGCUGUCACACCCCCCUGAACAUUUUAAAAGUGAUCCUGUAGCCCUGUGUAAUAAAACAUUUU